AUGGCAGAUGUCACAGUCACGCCGGGGGCGAGCGUGCCUCAGCACAAGACGGCCGUCAUUGGCACAGCAACUUCAGCAAAUCCUUCGCGUUCAGCAUCAGUCGGAUCGGGAGGUUCAUUCAAGUCAGUUGCGUCCGGGACAACGCCUGCUAGUAGUGCUGCUGCCACGUUUGCCGGCGAACAGGAGGAGGAGUGGAAGAUGCCUACAGAUGGGCCAUUGAAGACCCCGAUCCCUCGACCAGCCGCUUCGACCAAACCUACACCACUUCCGAAACUCACUGCCGAGCAGGAGACCAAGUACGCCGCUGUACUUGCACAGGUCUCCCAAUGGACCACGAUCCCAACCUCCAACGCCAAGGGUGCGCCCUCAGCGCCUCUGGAAGAUCGAGAACGCAUGUUCUUGACGCGAGAGUGCCUUCUGAGAUACCUGCGUGCAACAAAAUGGGUCACAGCAGACGCAUUGAAGAGAUUGCAAGGCACAUUGAGCUGGCGAAGAGAAUACGGAGCGGACACUUUCACACACGACUACAUCAGUCCUGAGAAUGAAACGGGAAAGCAAAUACAACUUGGCUUUGACAAGGAGCAGCGUCCGUGUCUCUACCUGAACCCAGGCAGGCAGAACACGAAGAUGUCGGAUCGUCAAAUCCACCAUCUAUGUUAUAUGCUCGACCGGACACUUGAGAUGAUGCCAGCUGGGCAGGAAAGCAACUGCCUCAUCAUCAACUUCAAAAACGCCAAGAGCGGCGCGAUCCCCACUAUGGGUCAGGCAAGAGCUGUCCUGGACAUUCUACAGAAUCACAACCCGGAGCGCCUGGGACGAGCGCUCAUUACUGACACACCCUGGUAUGUCAAUGCCUUCUUCAAGGUCAUCUCGCCCUUCAUCGAUCCUGUGACCCGAGAGAAGAUGAAGUUCAACGAGGACAUGUCGAACUACAUACCCAAGGAGCAGCUCUGGAACGAAUUCGGUGGAGACGUCCCUUUCGACUACGACCACUCCAUUUACUGGCCUGCAUUCGAAGCGGAGUUCACCAAGAAGCGUGAUGCCUACAAGAAGCGAUGGGAGCUUGGUGGGAAGAGAAUUGGUGAAUUCGAGGAUUACCUACGAGGCGGCAAUCAUCCUUCCCUGAAGCACACUUUGGAAGCGAAAGAAAACGAGAAGCCGGCUGCUGCUGCUCAAGCGAGCUCUGCUGAGGCGGAUACUGCGGCUGCUGGUGUUGCGAAAUUGUCUGUCUAA